UGAACACAAGUCCAUCAAAGUGACUGGGAGAGAAUCUCCACGCGCUCUAAACAGAAGCGCGCGCCUCCGCGUGUCUCUCCAGAGUCUCUCGUCCCGCUGACAGUCACUGAGAUUAUUCCCAGGUCAGCAGCCAGAAGACAUGCGUUCAGAGCCCAUGGAAGGGGUCAGUAUUGCGGUUGCUGUGUCGAAGAAGUGAAGUGGAAUAAUGCUUUUCUGAGUCCCUGAGACAUCAACUACGCUCAAGCACUGGGGCAGCUCUCUGUGUCCAUUGUGAAGAUGGAAGGAAGAGGAAGACGCCUCUGUAAAUCAGAAAACUCAUGGUCACAGCGUCAUGCUCCAGCCUUCCUGUUAUUCAGAAAGGUCAGAGGUUGAGGAGGAGGACGGUCAUGUGGUCAAGAAGAAAACAGAGGCACAAACAUCGGGAUGCCACAGGCUGUCUCACUGCUGCCCUUCCUGCUCAUGGGAUAUGCUUUUGCAGGGCUCAAUGUAUGGCCUUCUCUCCAUGUUGCCCUUAGCAACGCCAGCGUUUUUGUGGACUUCAGCACAAAAUCCAACACCAGCACUAUCCGCAGCAGGAGCCUCUCUCUGGUCAACACAGAAACCAACACCACCCUCCUGACCAGGAUCCUCCCCAGCUACCAAUCGGCAGUUAGGGUGGAGUUCAACUGCUCGUGCUUCCUGUACGCAGGGACUUUCCGCUUCCUGCUGAGACAGACCAGCAUCUCUGCUGUUUCUCAUGACAAUGGCACAGAGGACGGCAGCAUGGAGAGCACUACCUGGUGGUGGAGUUCAGAACUGCAGGUGCAGUGGCCCACCUUUCACAUCUCUGUUGAGAGGGCUGGAAACCACUCUGGAUCUUUUCAGGUUGGGAUAUCAACUAAUGAGCACUUUCAGGCGUGCUCCAGUGGCAUUGAUUCUGCUCUCUUUCUAGAAGUCAGCUACAUGGAGUUCAACCAGAUUGGAAGAAACAGCAUUGACAAGAUACGAGCCCGCACACGGCACCCAAUCAAGCCCCUCCGCUCCCAAAGUGUUCAGCUCUCCUGCGCCUUCCCUUUCACAGACAGAGACUUUAUACGAGUGGCUUUACGGUCACCUCACACAGUACAGGAUGUGAAGAGCUCUGGACCUCUGUACCUGUCCCGAAUCUUCUCCUAUAAGCUGCAGGUGGAAAACAGCAACGCUUUUAGGAGUGGUUGUGAGGGGACCAUGACGGUGAAACUGAUCACCCCUCCUUGUGCACACAUCCAUGGGAAAGUAUUGCUGUAUAAGGACGCAGGUGCUGGAGGAAGAGGGGUUUCUGUUUCCUCUGGGACGGGAACAGUGGGAACAGCACUGAUGGGGUUUGGACCUGAGGAGCCCUCUUCCCCUCCGUUGGCCUUUAACUGGCUGACUCAGGGAGAAAAUGAGACUGAAUUUAACUGUUCUGUGUUUGACCCAGGAAGGAACAAGUACUGCUUUCUCUUUGUUUUCAACUUCAGCCGCUCCCCGAGUCCUGCUCAGACCUGUGUGGUGGUUCACAGGCAUGCUGAGUCAUGGGGCCCGUGGCAACCAUGGAGUUUGUGCAGUGCAAGCUGUGGUGAGGGGGUGAGGGAGCGAGUACGUGAGUGUUUGCUGCCCUCAGGUGUCGGGGGGAUGCAGUGCACUGGCAUGGUGAAAGAACAGUCUCUGUGCUCGCUGGAAGACUGUGCAGCGUUGCCUGCUCCUUCCCCAUCUGCUCCUACCGCACCUGUUGGAGUUGCACCCCUGGGUGGUAACAUGGUCGUGGUGGCUGGUAUCUCUCUCUGCCUGGCUGUGAUUCUUGCAACAGUUGUGGUGACCGUGUGGAGAAAACUUUGCCAGACCCCUCAGUGCAGCUCUGUCCGUAGAGGCUCCAUGCAUUCUCCUGGAGGACGCAAGCUUUCUGACGAGGCCUCCAUUUGUGGGCACAGCCUCCAGAGACCAAGCCUGUCAGACAGCCACAGUCCACAGGGAGGUGUUGGGGUGGUAGUAACCCAGAAAGACGCUUCUGUGCUUGGCAGUUCGCCUGUCACACAGACCCUAGUGAUACCACUUCCACAGGACCCAGAAAGACUGUCCCCUACAGGCCAGAAGAUGUUGCCACCAAUAUUUGGUUAUCGUUUGGCUCAGCAGCAGUUGAAAGAAAUGAAAAAGAAGGGUUUAAAGGAGGCAACUCAGCUGUAUCAUGUCUCUUCAAGCCCAGUCCAUGACACUCUGGUUGAGACGUCUGCUUCCCCCACUGCUUCCCCCAUCCCAACACCAACUGGAUUCACUCAUGUAGCUCUCCCACUGGGCCUUCAGGAGGAUGCCAACCACAAUAAUUUUCGUAUUGCAUCUCCAUUUUCUCAACAGCCCUUGCAGAACUCCAGGGUCACACUGGACAGAUUAAGUCCUAAAGUGGAGCUUGUAUUGGGUCCUAAUGCCUCUACUAAUAAAAAUGGAGGAAGUUCAAAAUGGCGGGAUCGCACUGCAGACUGGGUGGAGAUGGUAGAGAGGAGUGGGUUAGCCGGAAUAAGAGGAGGAGAUGCGGUACUGGGAAAUCACAAGAAUCCAAAUUUCCGCCGGACUUCCAGUUUUAACGACAUGAAACCACAGAUACCAUUGUCUGCACAAUCCAGGCAGUUCAGAGAGAGGAGCAUGACCCAGGUGGGAUCACGCACCCUUCCUGAAGGAAGCUGCUGGACAAGAGGAGGACGAGAGAGGCAGCCAUACCGUUCCCAUCCCAUUCCAGAGCAUGAGGCCUUAGAAGGCUGUCAAUCCAGAUCCCAGAGAGACAACAAGAAGCCCUGGAUAGAAACAGCUGCUCCUCCUUAUAACAAUGAAGUCAAACACACAGGAACCAACACAAAUAAUCUUUCAGCACAUGUUAAAACAGACAUGAGUGGCACUGCAGAGAGACAAAGGAGUAGUGGGUCAGCAGGCAGAGAGGGAAUCUCAGGGAUCGGGGGGCCGGCGGUGAGUCCUGUCAGUUUGAGUGUUGAUCGUGCUGAGCGGGCCGAGCAGAACUGGAACCGUCGAGGCCCGUCGCCUAUCCAGAGGAACAUCCUGGCACGGAAAUUAAAGGAGGCUCAGGCUAGUUCAGGCACAAGGGGGCGACAACGCAGCUCCACUUUUAGUGUAUCGACCCCUGAGCAGAGGACAGGACGCUGCCACUCUCUGCCAAUGUCUGGUGAUUAUGGCAGUGGUAGCUCCCCCUACAGGCUGAGUGAGGCUGAGCAGAGGAUGUUGGACUUGGACCUGUCCUCUGCUUGUGUCAGGGAGGAAGAGUAGAAUGCUCACUUUGUGGUGUUACUCCCAUAAAAAACUGCAAUUACAAUCACACCUUUAAUCCUGUCUGUGACAUCCGUGACUCUGCUUUGCUAUAUUCUUUCAUUGUUAGAAAUACAGGGAGUCUUCUGUUUUUUUAACAGUUUUUGUUCAGAUAUUUAAGUUUAGAAAUGUGUUUUAUAUUGUUUUUUUAACAUUAUUUCAGAUUUUGCAUUAUAGUUGAACUAGUUUGUAUUUCUCAGAGCGUGAUUGUUUUCAGGAUGUUUGUGUUUUUAUGGAUUCUAUGAUUACUAUAAUAUAUGUGUAUCUUUUUUAAAUGUCAAUAUGCAUUAUUAUGCACAAUCCCAGUCAAUAAGAGUAGCAAAAUACUGCAGGUGAUUUUUAAUGUGUUACACUAUACAAUACUGUGCUGUAACAAGAACAACUCUCACUGUUA